GAGUGAGAAUUGAUCUGUGUUUCUUGCAGGGGGGCUUCACUAAAAUACCGCUCCGGUCCCCCCUUACAUUGAGGAAGAGCCGAGCUUUGGGAUUGGGUAGCGACCAGAUAGCGUAACACCCUCCUCCUCCUCCUCCUCUCUGUUGCGUUAAAACGAAAAAAGGGAAAAGGCCUGCGCUUUUAUCAAUAUUACAGGAUUAUUUUUUUAUUUUACAUUUUUUUCUACACCUAUACAUUAAACGAGGACACGUUGCUGGCUGGUGUAUGUGUUUAGAAUGGGACACGCUGAAGGUCCAGUCAAAGAAAAAGACAGUUAAGGAUGCAGGAGCCCAACAAUGGAUUUCUCCUUCUCUUUCAUGCAAGGGAUCAUGGGAAAUACAAUUCAGCAACCCCCUCAGCUCAUUGACUCCGCCAACAUCAGACAGGAAGGCACCUGCGACACCGGCAGUGACCCGGGUGAGGAUGGUGGUCCCUCCUACGAUGCUGCCCUGGAUGCAGAGUUUUCCUACCCGCCGUCGGCCUCGGAGGACAUGCCGCAGGUCUCGAAUGGCUAUCCUCCAGGUUUGGGCAUGUACGAGCCACAGGCCAAGUUCUCCAUGUACUCGCAGUUCCCCAACGGCUCGGCUAACGGCUACGGGGCCAUACGGAGCUACGGAGAGCAUGGCCUCAUGCCAGGGGAGGGGACGGUCCUGAGAGGCCCGGGCCUCCAGGAAAGACCCUUAUCUCCUGUGUCGCCACCGCUGCCCACACAUCACCCUCACCUCCACCACCACCACCACCACCACCCUUCACAUCACCACCACACGCAUCUCUUCCACUCAAACCCGCCUCACAUACAAACCCACCCGCACCCGCAGAGCCCUCCACCGCCGCCUCUGCCCUCCCAGCACCACUUACCCCAGACGCCGCACAUCAUGACCCACACUCUCCCGCCUCCUCCCCCUUUACACCUGCCCUCCUCCAGCCCUCCGCCCUCCCUUGUGGACAGCACACCCUCUUCUCAGCCCUCCCACACCCCGUCCAACACGCCCGGUGGGGUGCUGAAGAAAACCAGCUCUCCGGAGAUCAAGCUGAAGAUCAUCAAGACGUAUCAGAACGGCAAAGAGCUGUUUGAAUCUGCCCUGUGUGGAGACUUGCUGCAAGAACUGCAGAAGGAGUCUCAGAAGAACGAGGCCACUCAGAUGCAGCGCAGACAUGAGAGGAAGAAGGAGAAGAGGAAAAAGAGCGCGAGGCUGCAGCUGCAGGUCCAGGAACAGAGCUUGGACCAGGUCCAACCACAGGCAGGUACCACAGGUCAGACGGAGGACACCCACGUCUCGCCCCAGCCGAGAGAGACACCCGCGGCCCCGGCAGAGAAGCCCCAGAAGACCGUUAUCAAAACUGAACCAAAGACGCCGAAGGUUCCGAAAGUCCAUCACCCUUCAGUGAUCCAAGAGACGGGCUUCUGUAAGGAGUUUGUGAUAGGAGAUCUGGUGUGGUCCAAGGUGGGCACCUACCCAUGGUGGCCCUGCAUGGUCUCCUCUGACCCGCAGAUGAAGGUCCACACGCGCAUCAACACCAGAGGUCACAGGGAGUAUCACGUCCAGUUUUUUGGCAGCGUGGCAGAGCGAGCAUGGAUCCAUGAGAAGAGGAUAGUCAUGUACCAGGGGAAGCAACAGUUUGAUGAACUUCAGGCUGAGACUCUGCGCAAGGCCACAAACCCCGUAGAAAAACACAAACUUCUGAAGCCUAUCCCUCAAAGGGAGCGUUCCCAGUGGGAAGUGGGUGUGGGCCAUGCCGAGGACGCCUUCCUGAUGACGCGGCAGGAGCGAAUUGACAACUACACCUUCAUUUAUGUUGAUCCAGACCCUCGUGAGGCCCCUUCAGCCAAGAAACCCAGCAUCAGAGCGGAGAAACGGAACCGGCGCUCUAGUGGCUCAACAACCAAGAAAGAGGACGGAGGAGUGAAGUCACCCGACAGAGAGCAGCCACCACGAAGGCUACUGCCACGUAGGCAGUGUAGCGUUUCAAAUACAGACGACAACACGAACUCCCAGGCAUCAAACGAGGAGAAAAACCAGAGGGGGGACCCAAGUAAAAUCGGCUCCCCUAAACAGAACGCUGGUUCUGAUGCACGAGCACGGCAGGAUUCCCCACCACCAGUUAGAGCCUGGAAAACUGCAGCAGCAAGAAAGCUGCUGCCUCUCUCCAUCACCAUGAAGAGACUGAAUGUGGAGAUCACAAAGUGUGACUGGCCUCUGCUGCAGAAGAAAGCAGCUCCCUCUCCGAAAAAAGAAGAAGAGAAAGAGGAGAGGGUGGAGAGAGAGGCCAGGCAGCCCGACCUGGGAUACUGCUCACCUGAGGACAGCAGAGCUAAACCGGAGCCCAGUCCAGAGGAGGAGGAAGACGGGGACGGGGACGGCGACGUGGAUGGGGACGUGGACGACGUGGAGGAAGAGGGGGAGGAGAGGAGAGAAUCCCCCGCCAGUCAGAGGAGUGAGGAGGGAGGAAUGCAGCAGACCUCCUCUCCUGGUUCACACCACAGUAGCCCACAAGGUUCUCAGGAGAGGAAGCUGCAGCGGCGCUCAGUCAGGAGCAGGUCUGAGUCAGAGAGAGGCAACGAUCCCGUCCCUAAGAAGAAAACCAAAAAGGAACAGGCGGAGAUGGCUCCUGAGACCACACUGAGGACGGGCUCACAGAAAGGAGCCAGUGAGAUCUCAGAUGCCUGCAAGCCACUGAAGAAGCGAAGCAGAGCGUCAACAGAUGUGGAGAUGGCUUCAUCUCAGUACAGAGAUACCUCUGAUUCCGACUCAAGAGGCCUCAAUGAUCCGCAGGGUUUAUUUGGGAAGAGUCUUGAUAGUCCAGCAGCUGCAGAUGCAGACGCUUCAGAUACUCAGUCUGUGGAUUCUGGUUUGUCUCGUCAGGACAGCAGCACGGGGAAGAGGGACACUGUCUGCCAGAUCUGUGAGGUGUAUGGAGAGGGAUUGGUGGUGUGUGAAGGAGACUGCAACAGACAAUUUCACCUGGAGUGUCUUGGUCUUACGUCCCUACCUGAAGGCAGGUUCACCUGUCUGGAAUGCAGAAAUGGCAAUCAUCCGUGUUUCAGCUGUAAAACAGCGGGGCGGGAGGUGACACGCUGCUCUGUGUCUGGAUGUGGCUGCUACUACCACGAGGAUUGUGUCCGUAAACUCCCGGGCACCACCAGCAGUUCGGGCGGCGGCUUCAGCUGCCCUCAGCACAGCUGCUCAACUUGCUGCCUGGAGAGAGACGUGCAGCGAGCCAGCAAAGGUCGUCUGAUGCGUUGUAUCCGCUGUCCAGUGGCCUAUCACACGGGAGACAGCUGCGUGGCGGCGGGCAGCGUCGUCCUCACCCAUCACAUCAUGAUCUGCAGCAGCCACUGCAGCACCAAGAGGAACGGCCUCCUCACCUCGCCCGUCAACGUGGGCUGGUGCUUCCUGUGUGCCAGAGGGCUGUUAGUGCAAGACCUUACUGACACCAUAUUAAGUUCAUAUGCCUAUAAGUCCCACUACCUUCUGACUGAGUCAAAUCGUGCUGAGUUGAAAUUACCUAUGAUUCCCUCUCCUUCGUCAGCUACCAAAAAGAAUGUUGGGAAAGGAGGCAAGUUGCUGUGCUGCGACUCAUGCCCAGCUUCCUUCCACCCGGAGUGUCUGGAGAUGGAGAUGCCGGAGGGGGCGUGGUCCUGCAGUGAUUGCAGGGCAGGGAAGAAACCUCACUACAAACAAAUUGUCUGGGUCAAACUGGGUAACUACAGGUGGUGGCCAGCGGAGAUCUGCAACCCUCGCUUGGUGCCAUCCAACAUUCAGAGCCUUCGCCACGAUAUCGGUGACUUCCCUGUCUUCUUCUUCGGUUCCCAUGACUACUACUGGAUCAACCAGGGCCGCGUCUUCCCCUACGUGGAAAAUGACAAGAACUUUGUCACGGGGCAGAUCAACAUCAACAAAACCUUCAAGAAAGCUCUGGAGGAAGCAGCCCGGCGGUUUCAGGAGCUCAAGGCUCAGAGGGAGAGCAGGGAGGCUCUGGAGCAGGAACGCAACUCUCGCAAACCUCCACCGUACAAAUUCAUCAAGUCCAACAAACCAGUAGGCAAAGUGCAAGUGCACGUCGCUGACUUGUCAGAAAUCCCACGAUGCAACUGCAGACCAACAGACGAGCAUCCUUGCAGCCUCGACUCUCAGUGUCUCAACCGCAUGCUGCAGUACGAGUGCCAUCCACAGGUUUGUCCUGCAGGAGACAACUGUGAGAACCAGUGUUUCUCCAAACGGCUUUAUGCAGAGACAGAGGUGAUAAAGACAGAUGGUCGUGGCUGGGGCCUCAGGACCAACCAGGCUCUGAGGAAGGGCGACUUUGUGACUGAGUAUGUAGGAGAGGUUAUCGAUUCAGAGGAGUGCCAGCAGCGAAUCAAACGCGCCCACGAAAAUCACGUGACCAACUUCUACAUGCUCACCCUCACCAAGGAUCGUGUGAUCGACGCCGGCCCAAAAGGAAACUCAUCUCGGUUUAUGAACCACAGCUGCAGCCCCAACUGUGAAACUCAGAAGUGGACGGUCAACGGAGACGUUCGCAUCGGACUCUUCACCCUCUGCGAUAUCGAGGCUGGCACAGAGCUGACGUUUAACUACAACCUGCACUGUGUGGGCAACAGGAGAACGUCGUGCCACUGUGGAUCAGAUAACUGCUCUGGGUUCCUCGGGGUCCAGCCAACGAGUGCUGUGGUGAUGGAAAAAGAGGAGAAGGCCAGGAACGCUAAGCUGAAGCCCAAGAAGCGGAAGCUGCGGCCGGAGGGCAAACAUGCACACGAGUACUUCUGUUUCUGCUGCGGAGAGGGAGGAGAGCUGGUGAUGUGUGAUAGGAAAGACUGUCCGAAAGCGUACCACCUGCUGUGUCUCAACCUCACCAAGCCGCCAUACGGACGUUGGGAAUGUCCGUGGCACGACUGCAGUAUUUGCGGCUCCCCGGCCUCGUCUCUCUGUGACUUCUGCCCUCGCUCGUUCUGCCGGGAUCACGAAGCGGGGGCGCUCACCGCCUCCUCGCUGGAGGGCCGCCCCUGCUGCGCCAGUCACAACCCUCUCAGCCCCCUGGACUCCAACCCCAGCUCAACUCAGCUGCGCCACUCCGCUCUGAGCCCCGUCAGGGUCAAAGAGGAGCCUGAGACGGAGCCGGGCCAGCCGGCAUCAGAGUGAUGCAGCAGCUCCCUCAAUACCUCAUUCCCUGUAAAGUACGCUCCUGUUGGCCAGAGCCUCUCUCCGGGCUCCAGUCCACCUCUGAUCUGAAGCAGUGCACUACGAAAGGGAAUACAGUGCUUUUGACCAGUGCGAUGGCUGCUCUGCAGAACCGAGACACUCCGACGAACACCUCGGUGCCACUCGUGGCGAGAACAGAGCGAUUGGGGGUGUCGGCAGGGGAAGUGACCAGGCAUCAUUGUGCACCGUUUCCCUCCUCUCUUGCCAUAAACACCACUACUAACACUCUCUACAGCUCGCCUGCGCCCACUGAAGGGCCCAGACCACCACCUCAUUUUGUUUCCUUUUUUAAUUUUUACAGCUGUGGAAAUUUUUAAGUGUUGUCACGUUGUCAGUUAACCGGCACUUUGAAGAACUCGACGAGUGAGGUGGAGGGAGAGGUUAGAGAGAGGAGGAAGAGGAGGUGCGAAGCCGAACCCUCUCCACCUCGCUGCUCCUCUCUCUCUCGGUUUACCUGCUGUAAGCUGUGGUCGGCAUCCCUCUCACAAACACACACACACACAGACACAGACACACACAGACACACACACACGCACCUCCACGGCCGACCAUCACUCCUGACGUGAUCCGUCAUCGUGUUUAUCUCUUCUUCUCGGAGGAAAGGAGGAGGGAAAUGACCGAUUUUUUUGUGCAAUUUUUUUCAGGACCACACUACAUUCCAACCUUCCUUAAACAUGGUUUUAAUAUACUUAUGGGUAUAGAUGAAUAUAAUUAUAUACGUAUCUAUGUUUGUUAAUGUUUACAGACAGAUUCUCUCACUUCAUCUCGGUGAGUGGUGUAUUAUGUUUGUUUGUUUAGGUGUUAAGCAUUACGCAGACCUCCUUGUGAAAAUAGUCCUAUUAAGGUGAAAUACUGUAUAAUGGUAUAUAGUGUAAUGGUAUGACAUUACAGAAGUACUUGUGGUUUUCAUAUUGCCAGUCUCACUCGCCAUUGUGUACAUAAUUGGCUCAUAAUAUUGUAAAGUACUUACAGAUCAGGAGGGACGGAGCCUCGCCUCUCCGGUUGUUUCUUGGAGGAAGGAAACGCUUUUUUAAACAAGACAGAUCCUUUUAGAUUUUCCUUUUUUUCGAUAAAGUUCUGUUCCGCAUUUCCUCUGAGCCGUUACUGUCACUUGUAUAUCGUAGACGGAGGGGCCCAGCUUCUGAGCACUGGUGCUGUCUUAAAGUAUUGUUAAUCAGCCUUACGGGAUCACCUCAGUUGGAUUCUGGUUGUAGGAACUACUGCCCAGACGCAGUCCAUUUCAGUAACGUUGUGUACUGUGACCGCUAAUGCUUUGUUGUUGUUGUUUUUUUUUUUUUGUUUUUUUUUUAAAUUCUCUGUUUUUGUUUUGCCAAACUUUUUUCUGAAAAGCACUUUCACAUGCCUUGUCGCUACACAAUUUAACUAGGUCAUACAUAUACAGAAAUGUAUAUUAAAAGAACAUAUGACAAGUGUUUCAAAAUGGAUACCUCUUCUUCUUGUAGUAACGUCGGAAUUCAAACUGUGUUGUAACUUUUUUUUUUUUCCUCUCGGUCAGAAACCUGGUGAGAGCUGGGCGAGUGUUGUUUUUUUUUUGGUUUUUUGGGGGGGUUUUUUUGAGGAAAGUGGCCUGAAAGCUGUUGUUUGUUUUUGGCACAAGUAGGAAUAACUGCCAGCCCGGCCUGUUUGCCUCGUCUGUUACAGAAAAAGCCCUCCAGCGUCUGACAGAGGCACCUCUUCAUUUUUUCCACCAGGGGAACGUCUUACAAGGCUGGGCUUUAUAUAUAUAAAGACAUAAUGGUGUACAACAGUCCAGUCCAGUAUAAUGUACAAAUACAAAACUUCUGUACAGUGUUUUUAAUCGCUCAUCUGUCAAAUUCAAAUUUUUUGUAUUUAUUGCACCACAUUUUAUACCAAUUUCUUUUUCAAACACCAGUGCAGUAAUUUGUCUCCCUCCCCACCAAGGUGUAAGUGAAAUAGACUAUUUAAAAAAAUGGGGAGUUUUACAUAAUAUAUCUGUAUCUAGUCAUUGCAUUUUUUUUCUUUUUUUUUUUUUUUACAUUGGUGUAAUGAUUCCACAUUCGAUAACAGCCGCUGCUCAUCGACCUGUAUCGUGACUCACUGUAAUUGGUGUUAAAAGCAGUGUAAAGCAGUUCAAUAUUUGGAAUGUGAAGUUCCCGUUUCAGAGCGAUUUUGUGCUGUUUUAGCCUGGACUCAAAAAGUAGUCAUCAACAGGAGGAAGCUUAUCUGUAAUCAUGCCUCAGCCUCUUUGCUUGCUAUUCUUUCCCCGGUUACAUGACUGUUUGUUUGCCCCUUAAGAAGAUGUUUUUUUGUUGGUUUGUUUGUUUGGUUUUUUUAAAGCAUCCCGAGGUGGUUCGAUAUAAAAAUGUCGAACCACGGGGUGAAACGGUGCCAAUGUGUCCAAAUAAUUUCCGUUCAUUUAGUUUAAUCAUGAAGAAAUCAGACUGAAGAAAGAGAAAAGAAAGCCGUCAAAUGCAGAAAAGUUAAUAUGCUCUGUGUGUGUUGUUUUUUUUUUAUGACGUUGAUGAUGAUGAUGAUGAUGAUGCCUGUAUUCGUGCACAUAUUCAGCAUAUUAGUUUUACUCCCUUUUCUGCAUUUGACAGCUCUACUCCUGUUUUCUUUCUGUUAUCACCGACUCAUUUGGGAAGCUUUUUUUUUUCCACACAUGGAUUCCUGGGGAAAAAAAACUCACUAAUUUCCUUGUGCAACUAAGCACAACUAAGCUCCCAAAUCUGCCAAACGCCUCACAUCUUUUAAUUUUAUUUAAUAGUUAUUCAUAGGAAUUAGGCCACUUCAGUACUUGUUCAUCAUUAGGUCGGUGCAUCAUUAAGACACUUUUCUUUUCACGCUCAGUCUGCGUGUUAACUUGAAUUUUCGUAGUUUUUUUUUAUUUAUUAACAUAUUAUUUUUUUACACAGUGUUCAUACAUGUGUGAUUAUCGGACCGCAGGCAUCUUUGAGUCCGAAAAAAAUGUCUGAGUGAUGGUUUUAAAGCCUUUUUUUUUUUUUCAGGGUGACUGCUGUUCAGCUUCAUGCUUCCAACACCAGUUGCUAGUUUAACCCACUUUUGUAAUCAGUUGGAGAGUCUCUAAAAGCCUAAUUUUAAUGCCAACAUUUAGUUUUUAUUUGUGUUUAUUUGUUUUACCACAUUGCACAGAGAUUCUGCGUAACCAAACCGCCUUUAUUAUUAUAAUAUUUUUUUGCACCUGCACAUCGUGUGAUCAUGAAUUACUCUGUGCCAGUUCGUCCUCUUGCCCUCUCUCAGCUGACACUGCAGCAGUAUUAUAAAAUGCCUAAUUUAUGCAUCCCAACAUGCAUCAUUUCAUUUGUUUAAAAUACUAUCUGAUGUGUUUGUUUUGUUGGUUUUAUUCUCCGUAUAGUGCCCACGUUUUUUUUUUUUUUUUUUUUGAGAAGACAGCAUGUUUGAUUUCAUUUAAGUGACCCUUAAAUAAGCCUGAAGAGGAUUUUUCUAAGUGUCCAGGAAUUUGUUAAUUUUUAUUUUUUAUAUAUGACCUUAAAUUUAGGAUGGACCACCCCUCCCCCGUCCCCUUUGUAUGUCAAAGGGUAUUUUUUCAGUUCACUGUGACGUCCUUAGUUUUGUUGUUUUUUUUUGUUUUUUUGUGCAAUGUUGCCGACUGUCUAUAAGUUUCUGAUUGACAUGCUGUCAGAGGAGAAAUAGUGUUGGAAUAAAUAAAUAAACUCACCUUCAUAAGCACUCAUCAUCUCUUUUUACUUGUAGUAAAAUUGCUUACAGAAACUCUAACUGGGGUCAUAUCUAUCUCUCUUGGUGUUGCUUCAAUUAAAAACGUGGAUGAACACACAAAUACCAUGUUGAUUACUGUUCAACCUGUGUUACUGCAUAACUGCAUAUUGUUGAAGAACUUGUACAUAGUUUGCAUUGAACUUGCAUAGAAUCAUGUUACUGUGGCGUGCUAUUUUUUGCCUGUACAAUUCUGCUUCUAAAUGUGUGUGACUGUUGAGACGACACUCUUUUUGUACAUGGCUGUCUUUUUAUUUGAGAAUAUUGAUUCUGUCCUUUUUCAUUCUAAAGUUGAGUUUGAAGAGUUCAGACAUGCCUGAAGUUUGACUUUAAUAAAGCUGUACUCUGUCUCAGUGAAA